AUGCUUGCCUCCAGCCGCGGAACGGCAUUGAGGCAGGCGUUCUCCGCCUCGCCGGCCACGGCGAUACCGGCCUUUCUAGUGCCGGCUCUGCAACAGCAACAGCUCUUGUCCCGAAGACAAUUCUCCUCGACGCCGACGCGGCACUCGAAGCUCGGCCGGACACCCCUUUCGAUCCCGCCUGGCGUGGAGUUGGCCAUCAGUGAACCAAAACUGAAGAAGGACCCGACGAGCUACCUCAAAGUGUACAAGAGGACUGUCACCGUCACGGGGCCUCUGGGCAAAUUGGAUCUUGAGAUCCCGCCCUUCUUGAAGAUUGACCACGAUAUCGAGGGCAAGCGGGCUGUUCUGAGCGUCGAGGACUCCAACGUCAAGGAGCAGAGCGAGAUGUGGGGUACGACAUGGGCCUAUCUCCAGCGUUAUAUCAUGGGCGUCUCGGAGGGUCACACGGCGAUUCUCCGCCUCGUGGGCAUCGGAUACCGCGCGACCGUCGAGCAGCGCGGCGGCAAAGAGGAGUUUCCUGGCCAAAAGUUCCUCUGCCUGAAGCUGGGUUUCACGCACCCGGUUGAAAUGGGCAUCCCGCGGGGUGUCACGGCAACGGUGGCGAGCCCGACGCGCAUCCUGCUCGAGGGUAUCGACCGAGAGGAGAUCAUGAGCUUCGCCGGCCGCGUCCGCAAGUGGCGGCCGCCGGAACCGUACAAGGGCAAGGGUGUUUUCAUCAACGACCAGACCAUCAAGCUGAAGCAAAAGAAGAUCAAAUAG